AAUAAAAUGCCCCCUUCCCAUCCUUAUCACCAUUGAAAUCGUUUCCUAUUUUUAUGAAAAAAUUAUUUUCAUAAUUUUUGGAAAAAUAACUCUCGAAUUAAUUAAUUGGGGGCACAGUCCCGAAUCAGAGCUGGUAAUAUAAACAAUAACAAUUUUAAUUUAAACUCCUUAAAAAUAAAAAAAUAAUUCAUAGCUGAAACUAUGAAUCAUCCUGAUUGGUAUGACAAGGCCAAUGCUGCUCAACGACAUGAUUCUUCGGAGAUUUUUCGCGAAUAUUACAAACAAUUUCAAUGGCGUUACGAUGGUCGAGAUUCGUUGAUUGAUGUUGGUUCCGGUAGUGGUGAUGUUCUAAUGGACUUUGUUUAUCCUUGUGUACCGUGGAAUUUUCAACGUCUUGUUUGUUCUGAUAUAAAUUCCAUAAUGGUGGAUUAUGCUAAGCGAAAGUAUGGUCAGCUGGCAAAGGUGGAAUUUAAAGUUUUGGAUAUUGGUACGUGUAAAGAGUUGCCCAAGGAUUUGAAACAUCAAUUCGAUCAUGUUACCUCGUUUUACACCCUAAUGUGGGUGCAAAAUCAUAGACAAUGCCUUAAGAAUAUUUACAAUCUGUUGCGAAGAGAGGGCGGAGAUUGCCUUUUAGUAUUCCUGGCCUCAAAUCCAAUAUAUGAUGCCUAUAUGAUGACAAGCCGUAUAAAUAAGUGGUCUAAAUAUAUGUUUGAUGUGGAAUCUAAAAUCUCACCUUUGCAAUAUGUGGAGAAUCCUGAUCAAAAAUUUGCAGAAAUUAUGUCAGAAGUUGGGUUUUCCCAAUUCGAGGUUAAGUUGCUGCACAAAAAUUUCGAAUAUGAUAAUUUUGAGGUGUAUAGAGCCAAUAUGAGAGCUGUCAAUCCAUUUAUAGAUCGAAUACCUGCAACAAUGCAUGACGAGUAUAUGGACGAUGUGAUGUUAAUGGUUCUAAAACUUAGGGGCUGGAAACCCCAAAAGUUGGAUUUCAAGGCAAAAUUCUCAAUACCUUACGAUCUAAUUGUAGCUUCUGGUCGAAAAUCUCCAUGUUCUGUAUAUCAACAAAUAAAAAAGAAUCUAUUGGGAAAAUGUCCCUAA